CUUCAAUGUAAAUUUUUUUUGAGGGGGGAGGGACGAAAUCAUCCAAACAAAAAAAAAACAACAAAAAAUGAGUAGUAUAAUGAGUAGUAUUAGUAGUAUACAAAGAAAAUCAUAUCUCAUUUCUAUCAUUAUAUAUUCUAUGAUUUGGUGUAUAGUUACCAUGACGCCAAAUGGUCAUUUACUUAUAAAAGAAGAAAAAUUUUUACGUAAACUUGUAAAUUUUAUACAUUUAUCAUCAAAUAAUAAUAAUAAUUUGAAUUUAUGUAUAAUGAAUUCACAGAAAUUAUAUACUACUUAUAAUACUACUUAUUAUAAUGAUGUUUCGUCAUCAGCGGCCUCAUCAGGAGCAUCAUCAUCAACAUCGUUAUCGACGAUUAUUGAUUUAAAUGAAACCUUCUAUCCAAUAUUUCAUCAUUUAAUAACACAAAAGUCGUUAACACAAAAUUUCUUGCAUGAUAUAUAUAGAUCUAUACAAAUAAUGAGAGAGUUUAAUUAUUGGCUUGAUGAUUAUCAAGGGAGGAAUGAAUCUACAAAACAAUUCGAUGUUUAUUUAAUGAAUUUAUUACAAUUAAGUCAACCUAUUCAUAUUUAUAAUACAGAUUUAUUCAAUAAUCUGCAAUCCAAUUAUACAAAAUCUAAUCUUAUUGGUAUUGGUUAUUGUUUAAAUGGUGUAUUAAUGGCAUAUGUAAAUAAUUAUACUACUACUAGUAGUACUACUAGUAGUACCGGUAGUAGUACUAGUAGUAGUACUGCUGGUAGAACUAUUAAUGCUGCUUCCUUUGAUCGUAAUUCAAUUUGUAAUCAAUUUUUAUUCAAUGUACAAUCAUUUCAUAAUCAUAAUGAUACAAUUCAUUUUAAUGAUUUGAAAUAUGGAAAAUUUUCAUCAUUUUGGGCACCAAUUCAAUGUGAAUCUAAUUCAAUAAUACCAAUAGUUUUAAGAUAUUUUAUUUAUACAACAGAAAGAAGUUUAUUUUUCGAAUUUGAUUUGAAGGAUUAUACUAUUGAUCAAUGUGCAUUGAAUAUCAAUCGAUGUGGAGCAACAACUCGAUGUGUAUACAAAAAAUAUAAUCCAUAUGCAUUCAGUAUGGACAAUUAUAUGUGUGAAUGUUCUCCAGGAUAUUAUACUGACAAUAUAGAAAAUGGUUAUCCAGCUCCAUUAAUUGAAUCUAAACUUCAAACAGCUUUAAUGAAUGAUGAAUCUGAAUUACCAAGAUUUUAUUGUCGUUCAUGUCCAAUUGGUUGUUUCAAUUGUAAAUCUAAUACAUUAUGUCGUUUACAAUUAGAUUAUAAUUUACUUAGAGCAAUUCCAUUAGCUUUUCAAACAUUUUGUAUUACUAUAUGUUUAUUAUUUGGGAUAGCUAUGUUUAAAUUACGUAGAGCCCGAGUAAUUAAAAGUGCUAACCUUGUACUUAUGGAGAUUAUGCUUGUAGGCGCGAUUCUUCUAUACUCAACGAUCGUUGUAAUGUAUUUUCCUGUCAGUGAUAUAUCAUGCCUUAUUCUUCCAUGGUUUCGUGAAGUUGGUUUCUCAGUGAUGUAUGGUGUAUUAAUCGUUAAAAUCUAUAGGGUUCUAUCUGGUUUCCAAUCUCGUAAAGCUCAUCGUGUUCAUGUACGUGAUAAAGAUAUAUUAAAGUAUUUAGGAAUGUUUAUCCUUAUAACAUUCACUUAUAUGAUUGCAUGGACAGCAAUUAAUUUAGAUUAUAUUAAUAAUAGUCCAUGGAUACAAGAUGAUAAUUCAAUGAUGAAUAAUCAUCAAUCUGUUGUACCAAUUGUCAGUAUGAAACAAGAAGGUUAUAUUAAAAUUAAAAAAAUCAGUAAUCAAAGUAAUUUGGAACAUUUCAAUACGAAGGAUAAUAAUGAAACUAUUCAUUUACAUGAAAAUCAAUUUUCUAAAGAUUCAAUAGAUGAAAUGAUCACUUUUGAAGUAUGUCGUGCAAUGUCAUGGGAUGUUGUUGUUGAAUUAGCGGAAUUUAUUAUCUUGGCUAUUAGUAUACAUUAUUGUCGUCUUGUACGAACAGCACCAUCUGAAUAUAAUGAAACACAGUAUAUUGGUGUGGCUUUAAUUAUUGAAAUGACAGUAUCUGGAUUUCUAUAUUUAUUAAGACAUUUCAUUUGGUACAAUGUUCAUCCUGAUUAUAUAUUUCUGUUAUAUUUUGUACGAUCUCAUAUAACUGUAACAGUGAAUCUUUUAUUGAUUUUUGUACCAAAGGUAACCUUUUUAUGUCGUUCAUCAAAAUCUUUAUAUAAUACUGCUCGCCAACGUGGUUCACCUGGAGUCGUUUAUCCUGGUGAUCCACAUUUACCUAGUGGUGGAAAAUUGAAUUUAGUAUCAAAUGGUGAUCUAGAUAUUGCUGAUGUGAAUUUAGCUGAUAUGGAUCCUGAAGUAAUAAGGCGUGAACUAAAACGUCUUUAUACACAAAUUGAAUUGUAUAAAACUAAAGCAAUGCGAAAAGAUAAUCCACAUAUAAGUAAACGUAGAGGAGGACGAAAACAACGUAGAUUCUCAUUGCAACCAUUUCAUAAACGACAUCAUGGACAAACUUCAUCUAGUAUAAGUGGUAAUGUUAUACCAACUGAUACAGGAUGUUGUUGUACAGAAUGUCAAUCAUCAAAAUUUACUGUACGUUUAUGUCCACAUUAUUGUAGUCGUCAUAUAAGUAGUAGUAGUAGUACAAGUCAUAAACUAUCAACGAAUGAUGGAAGUGGAAAUGGAUCAAAUCGUGGAAAUUAUUCAACCAUUUUACAUGAUGAAGAAAUUUCUAAACUUUCCGAAGAAUCCACCAAUAGUGGUGUAGAUGAUCAAUUAUCUGUGAAUAAUUUAGUACCAAUUCAACAACAAUCACAGAACAAGUUGUGUAGUUCCAUGAAUUCAGAUGACAAACAAAUAAAACCGUUGUCAACAGGAAAUAGAAGUGAUAGUAAACGUUCCAAAUGUAAAUCAACUGAUGAUAAGACAAGAUGAAGUUAGUUGAUUUAGAAUUUUUAUUUUCCAAUAUAUCUUAUUAUUAGUUUAUUAGAAUACUACAGAUUAGGACAUUGAAUAGCUUCACUAGUUGGGUGUAAGGCAGUCACCCGCCGAAUACAAUGGAAGAUGGUCGCUCAAUAUCAAGGAUUGUUUGAAGUUAUACAGUAACACGGUUGGCUCAAUGCCCUGGUACGGCCGAGAGACAGGAGGGCCCACCCUCUCUCACUCGAAAAGCUCUCACACGACUACGCGUAUACAGCUUCUAUCAGGGAAGUCCUACUCACUUCUUUCUCGUAGCGGGUGUGUUGUUUAGGAAACUGAGAGGAAGAAAAACGAAUGUCCGGCGCUUUCACCGAAUCGGUGGACACGGAAAGUUCACCUAGGGGAGUUGGAAAACCCUGGUUCCAAAC